CAAUUCCAUGUUGGUCUCAUUUCCCAUGGUGGGAUGUUAUUGAAAAAUCUAUUCUGUACGUGACAUUUUAAAAAAAUCGAAUACUGUUUAUCGCCUUACAAAUGCAAAACGUGGAAGAGAUGAGGUGGGACGGGCACAUAUAUGACAAGUGUGACGUGCCAUUGAUUACUGAGCUAUUUUCUUAAAAUGCUGAUUGCGUAAAAUUAGUCCAGUCAUUAUUUGAUGUUCUUUUGAUUUAAAUCUGGGCGGAUCAUUCAGUUCUUCAAAUGAGAAACCUGUGGAUAGCAGCACUAGUCCUUCGUGAACGCAAGCAGCCUCAGAGCUGAGUAGAGGAAGAAACCGUAGACGUCACAGAGAUGCAAGUAGCAGCAGUUGCUGCCUAACCACUAAUCACACAACAUUAACUACCUACUACGAGCAAACCCUUGCGCGGUGUACAUGCGUCGUCUUUGAUUCCUCGUAAAUCCAAAUUCGUAUGUUAGCUUUCAACAAAAUAGAGAUUUGACGACCUCGCAGCAUUAGGGAUCGCUUUACGAUUACACAUAUUUAUUUGUUCCCCUCGAACCCUCUGCCUUGGCUAGCAUCAGGCUAGCCAGCUAGCUAGCUACUCCUAUCGCUAACCGAGGUUAGCUAGCUAGCGAGCUGAGGUAACUUGCGUCAUGGAUGAACUACUAGUGGAAGUGAGAGGAACAAGUGGUGCCUUUUAUAAGGCAUUUGUGAAGGAUGUCCACGAAGGCUCUAUCACAGUUGCAUUUGAAAACAAUUGGCAGCCGGAGCGCCAGAUCCCAUUGCAGGAUGUGCGAUUUCCUCCUCCGACAGGGUUCUGCAAAGAAAUAAAUGAGAGCGAUGAGGUCGAGGUGUAUUCUAGGGCAAAUGACAAGGAGCCAUGUGGAUGGUGGUUGGCCAAAGUUCGCAUGGUUAAAGGAGAGUUUUACGUUAUAGAGUAUGCUGCAUGUGAUGCGACGUUAAAUGAGAUUGUGACGCUGGAACGGUUACGGCCGAUCAAUCCCAGCAAACCAGCCACAAAAACUACCUUCAUCAAGAUCAGACUGGACGUCCCUGAUGAUCUACGGCAAAUGUGCUCUAAGGAAUCGGCACACAAAGACUUUAAAAAGGCUGUUGGAGCAUUCAGUGUCACCUACGACUCUGAGAAGAAACAGCUGGUAAUCUUGUCAGUAAAUGAGGUCACAGCAAAGCGGGCCAACAUGAUGAGCGACAUGCACUUCAGGAGCCUCCGUACCAAACUGUCUCUCAUGCUAAGGAAUGAAGAGGCUAGCAGACAACUCGAGAGUUCCCGACAGCUGGCAUCACGGUUCCAUGAACAAUUUGCAGUGCGUGAUGAUUUAAUGGGACUCGCCAUCGGGACUCACGGUGCCAACAUUCAGCAAGCCCGUAAAGUCCCGGGAGUCACUAAUAUCGACCUUGAUGAAGAGACUUGUACAUUCCAUAUUUACGGAGAGGACCAGGAAGCUGUCCGUAUUGCUCGGAGUUUCUUGGAGUUCUCUGAAGAUGUCAUCAAAGUACCCCGGAACUUAGUAGGCAAAGUGAUUGGAAAGAGUGGUAAACUAAUCCAAGAAGUGGUUGAUAAGUCUGGUGUCGUGCGGGUUCGUAUUGAACCAGAAAAUGACAAAAAGCCUUUGGUGGGGUCAAUGGGAGGAGCAACAGCAUCAGCAACCGAUGAUGGAAUGGUGCCCUUUGUCUUUGUGGGGACCAAGGAAAGCAUCUCAAAUGCAACGGUACUGCUAGACUAUCACCUGAACUACCUGAAGGAGGUGGACCAGCUUCGUCUGGAGCGUCUUCAGAUUGAUGAGCAGCUGAGACAGAUUGGUGGCGGGGGUGGUGUUAGUGGGACGGGCCCACGAAAUCUUAAAGACAAAAGCUAUGUGUUUGACAAUGGCACGGGCCUUGGGAGAGGUGCAGGGGGAGGGAAGCCUUAUGGAGGAGGAGGAAGAGGCGGUCGAGGAAGAAGAGGAGGGAGUGCUGCUUUUGCCUCAGGCACCAAUUCAGAGGCAUCCAACGCUUCAGAGACAGAAUCUGACCACAGAGACGAGCUCAGCGAUUGGUCCCUGGCUCCCACAGAAGAGCUAAUGACAGGUGGUGGAACGUUACCCAGACGGACUGAUGGGAGAAGGCGGCCAGGUGGGGCAGGACUUCGGGGGCGAGGAGGAAGAGGAAGAGGAGGAUAUAAAAGUGAUGAUGUUCAGUGGAGUGACCCAAGGCCUCGUCAUAUCAGAGAGCCCAAAACGAGAGCUCAGGAUGAUAACUUGCAGAUUCGCGUGGAUGGAAACAAUGAACGUAGCGUGCAGCAUUCCUCAGGAGGGAGAGGAGGAGGGCCUUCAUCGCAGGGUGGGCACAGUGGCGGUGGUGAGGGCCCGCUGCGCCAUCAUCAGCGAACCGUUCGGGACCGCGGAAUGAAGAAAGAGAAGCAGGAUACUCCCCCUCUGGUGAACGGAGUGUCGUAGAUGCAACACUGGAGGACCUUCUGACUAGACACACACAUUCAGAAAUGAACCCACACUCUUCACAUGCACAUACGCAAACAACCGCUCAUUAACCAUCCACAGAUUCUUUUUUCACUCGUUUUUCUCUUUUUCCAUUUUUGUCAAUUGCAUUAUUAGACAGGAGCUUCCAUCAGCAUGGAAGGCUUAUUGUAGUGAAGACCACUGCCUGUCUGCUACUUAUGUUUACUUCUCAGUGUAGUGCAGCAGGCUGGUCUGUGACUGAAUGGAUAUUUUCCUUCCACAGUGAAUAAGCAAUUGAGUUGCUUGAUUUAAAAGCAGUUUUUUGUUUAGAAAACUUCAUCGACAAUUGUUAUAAGCAUCAAGUUUUUCUUUUAGCUCAUUAAGCAAACAUGGAUGAAGCGCAUGCUACUCUUCACUGUCUUUGCACCGUGAAGUUUCAUUCUAAACCGUAGGCUUGCUCAUGUGUGUUUCAAGACUGCUCAAUGGACCAGAUGGUUUGGGCACAAUGACUGCAACCCUGACAGCUGUGGCGGGCGUAAGACACUCUAGUCCAUAAUCUCAAAACUGGCAAGAUCACAAUUUAGGACUAGAUGUCACGUGGGCAACAUUUGACAUGACACAUCAAUACUAUAUUUCAUUUUUGUUUGUACACAAACACUAACCGAAUGUCCAUCUUUGGAACAUCCUCCUUGCAGCAUUUUAGUGUCUUGGGCUCAGUGCUUUUUGGACAAAUGUAAGUGAGGAGUUUAAGACGUAAACUUAUCCAGAAACCAUAUACACAAACAUUUCCAUGCUCAUUGACAUCUUACUUGGGAAAAUUUCUUGCUCUCCUAAUUGGGCAUGCUUUUAUAUCCCAAUUAGCUCAUGCUUCAGCAUGAAUUUUUACCACAUUUGGAUGAAUAGUGUUAACUACGGUCCGGGUAGAUAAAACUUACCAAUGAGUUUGAGGAGACAUUUCUAGAUGAAACCUGUAGUAAUUUCAACUUUUAUUUAGUUUUCUUAACUCCUAAGAAGCUUUUUAAGUGAACUGACCUUAGUUGGAAGAAAUUUGACUUUUUUUGUGGUGGUCUUUAAAAGUGUCACCACGCUUAUUUCACGGUUUUGUCUCUUGGUGCCUAUGUACAAGUUUAAUUGGUCUUUUCAAUUGUAGAAAACACACAUCUAUCCACCCAUGUGGUUGAGCAGACAAAUCCAUGGCAUGCAGAUGCAAAUCUAAUACAAAACAAAUGCAUUUGAAAAUGUGUCGUCACAGGGAAGCUACCAGAAAUCCCACCUUAACAUGUCUAUUUAAUAGUCUGUACAUUUGUAAAUAUAGUAAAAGCAGCUUUUCUGGCACCACGAUUCUGAAAUGAAUUCUUAACUCUUUCACUGCCAUUGAUGAUGAUAGACGCCCAGUCAUGGAUUGAAAUGAGUUUAACAAUAGUAAACGUCCAAUCAGUUUGAAGUGGGAGGGUGACUAGCCCUCCCACUUCAAAUGGAUUGAACAUCUAUCGCUGUCAAUGGUAGCCACUUAGUGAAGGAAGAAUCUGGUUCUUUUAAUUGAAAUCCUAAUUCUCUGUUGUUGAAUGAUGACAUACGUCUGUCCUAGUCAUUCUGUUUCCGCGAUAUCAUUUAUGUAUCACAUCUUGUUUUGGCACCACACUGCCUGUACUUUUGCUUCUUGGUGUGUUUUGUUGAUUAAAUCUCUGCUUCAUUUCCUGCAUACAAAUUUAAGUUGCGUCUGUCCCCCAAAAGCUAACAUGAUUUAAAUUUGAUUUGAAUCCAAAUGUGGAGUUAAAUCUGGAACUCCAAGAAGGUAGUUGUUUCUAUCUUUGUGCCAUGGAUUUGUGCAUUUUUGUCUGCUUUUUAUGCGCACCUGACUGAUUUAUAAUUUUGUUCCAACUUAUAGGCACAUGCAACAUUUUUCUGUGCUACACUCUGGAUGUACACAAGUCCUCGUGCUCACAUUCCAGUUUCUGAGGCCAGUAUUCCUUUUCAUUGUGCUUUUUUUGUGAUUUCUUUUUCACUAAUCUUAGGCUUUCGCAGUGCAGCCAGGCUGCCUCUUUACAGUUAGCAUUUUCUGCAAUGCAUCAAAAAGUGGUUUGAGUACAAAUAACCUUUUUACUGUCCAUAAAACAUCAACAAAAUGAAGUUGUGUCGUGAAAAAGGAGAGGGAGACAUACUGUAUAUAAUGAUGUCAUAAUUUGUCUGAAGAAAGAUUUGUACUAUUGUUUCAAAUGUGCACUUAUCCUUAUUUUUUUUUCUUUUGUUGCUGUUUGAUAUCAGUUAAAUGCUAGAUCUCUUGAGAAUAAACUUGCUGUAUAAAACAAAAAAAAGUAUCAUCCAUAGCGCGGUUGAGUCACAUUGAUAAUGAUGUCUGUAGCGCUACAGCAGAGGUCAAAAACUUCAAUUUCAUAUGAAACAAGACUUAAAACUUCUAUACUGUUUAGUGUCUCAAUGAAUGAUAAGAAAACUAAUACAUCAGGCCAUUAAUCAUUUUUGGUACAAUAACUUGGAUUGACUUGCACUUGUAACUGUUUUAGUUGGGUGUUUUUCCAUUUAAACUACAUGAAUAGCUUUGACUUUUAAGCAGUAUGUGGAACAAAGUUUCAAGCCCGGGAUUAUUUCAGGCUUUUACAAGCUUUUUUUUUUUUUUUUUUUUUUAAUUUAGCUCGAAUGAAUUUCACCAUUUCCCAAAUCAUUUCAUUGAUAAAUGUUGCCAGACGCACAAGGUAUUUAUAAUUACGUGUAUAAGAUGGAUAGUGGAGAAAUUGAAUCAUAAACCAGUAAAGUUGAAGAAAACUCGACUCAAAAAUGUGACACUUUUUGCUCCGCAUUAUUUUCUGGUUGUAAUAUUAAAAAAAAAAAAAAAAAAAAGUAGUAGUACAGGUAUCUAAUCUCUCUAACUGUCCAUUUCUUCAUCGAUGAACCAGGAGAAUGAUGUUUAUAUUAAAGCAUUUUACACCCAGGAUUAGUGAAAGGAUGGAAAGUUGGAUGGUUUAUGUGUCAUGCUACAAUCUGGUUCCAGUCAAAAAAAAAAAAAAAAGGGAUACAUUUCUAAAGAUUGAAGUCAGCUUUUUAACAGAAGUUAACAUGUGUGCUGUUAUGUUUAUAGGGGUAAAUACCAUCACAAAGUCUUGCAAAAAGCAAAGUUUGUACUAUAAUAGAACAUGUACAUUGAGGAAAUGGAAACUUGCAUGCUGCCCAUGUAUAGUCGGUAAGGGUGUGAUGCAAUGGAAUUAUCUGUUCAAAUGGGUAUUGUCAUUAUAACACUCAAUCUGACAAGGUUUAUACAACUAUCUGUCAAAAGCUAGAAACAAACAGUAGAAAAAAGUGACUGUGAGCAACUAAAGAGACUAAUACCCAACAGUGACGGAACAGAAAAUGUUAAAUUUUAGUAUUGCUACACGAUCAUCUUUGGGUUUGUGAUAUCCUGUUGGUAGACCUUGUGAAAUCAACCACGCUGUACUAAAACAACUCUUGAAUGCUUUGAAAGCAAUAUAGCUGAAAGGAUUCAUCCAAAUGGAGAAUUUUCUGUUAUACAGUAUGUGUUGUUUGCAGAAUGGAUGGUGUAUCUAAAUUCUUCCUUUAUGGCUAAUACCAACUAUAAUGACAACUGCCUGUAUCAGACGGGUUUGAGGCUGUCCACUUUGUAAAAAUAGAUUAAUAUUUUCACUGAACUGUAAAUUCAUACUUAUGGGUAAUUAUAAAAAAGGUUUCAUAUUGAUGGAGUAAAUGGGAUUAAACAUGGUUAUUUAAAAUUUUUUAAAUAUCGUUUGGAUUAACAUAGAUGUCUAACUGCUCUCCUAAUCUAAGAUUUCUGAGAAGCGUUUUACCCAUGCCACACAGGGUUUAAGACAAAUUUUAAUGAUGAGUUUAGAUAGUGAGGAAAUAGAUUUAAAAGUGUCUCAGAAUUGUAUGUGGAAAUUUUGGUUUGAACUAUUUUAAAUGGCAAUGUUUAAGAACAAAUGGGUAAUGCAGCAUCAAGAUCAUGAAUUGAUUCCCUAAUAGAUUUAAAAGUGUCUCAGAAUUGUAUGUGGAAAUUUUGGUUUGGACUAUUUUAAAUGGCAAUGUUUAAGAACAAAUGGGUAAUGCAGCAUCAAGAUCAUGAAUUGAUUCCCUCAGUCAGCAUUUACUCUAUUGAGGUUUGCAACACAUUUUCAACUGAAGAUGACCAACUUUUGCAGCAAAUGUUUCUUCUUUUACUCCAGAAUGUAUAAUGCAUAAAACGCUAACUUGACACAUUGCUGGCUGUUUAACAGAGAAGCACGAAGGCAAAAUGCAAAGAAAAACUUUACAUUCUUAAAACCAGGGUAGUCUAAAAAGCUGUAAAUUUUGUGAGCACUUUUGGGCAUUUUUUGUUUCCCUGUGUAAAUACUACUUACUAGCAUUUAAGGUGUCUGGGUUUACAUGUCUGGUUAUAGUGCAAUAUAUUUUGUAUGCAAGCAGUUUCAAUAAACAGAAAUUGAUCUUCUGAUAAUCCAGGCCUCGUUUUUGUAUUGUACAUUUUUAUUUUAUUAUCAAACCUAGAACUAGAACACACCAGUAUAUCAAAGUGCACCUGUCACAUUUUUACAUCUUGGGUCUUAAUUUUAAGGAAGGCAAUGGCCAUAUUCUGCUCUCUACAGAAUGUUGUGUUCUGUAGAUGUUGAAUUGAAAACUGAAAUGAAAAUUGAAGACCCGAAAAGGCCUUUCUCAUUAAGUGUGACACAGAGCCAAAAUGAUUACAAAAUAUACCUUAAUAUAUCUUACAGACAGAAGACGGUGAAAACCAAAAAAAAAAAAAAAAAAAAAAAACAGCUGCUUCCUGGAUGUAAACAUCUGAUGGAAUAAAGACUUAAUUUUUUAUAUUUUUUUAUAAAACAGUGGGUGACCAGAAUGUUUAAAAAAUUAAAUGACCAUAAUUAAACUUGUUAAGAGUCACACUGUUGGUUUUUUGAUGGAUUUUUUUUGAUAACUAAGGGCUAUAUAUAAAUCAAAAAUAAAUAAAUAAUUGAAAAAUAAUAUUGCUGUAUUUCCUAAAUGCCACAGGGGGGAGUUGUAGUGCUGUCACCAAAUGGAGCGAGAGGAAUGACUUGGAGCUGUUUCACGUCAUAAUAUUUAUUAUUGUUACAUUAUGAACAUCUUAAUUGCACAAAAUAACCAUCAGUAAAAAAAAAAAAGGAAAAAUAACAAUGAUUAUGUUGGGAUUAGUUCAAUUAAAAUCGAGGGUUUUAAUCAUAUCCUUGCUAUAAUGACAUCUUAUCUCAGUGUCUUUCAAGCUCAUUUUGUCAUUUUAUGCACCACUAACUCAUCCUGCAAUUUCUACAUUAAAAUCUCAUCACUUUGAACCUCUCUCUCUCUC